GACUUUCUUGCCACUUCCCCUCGUCUUUCUCCAGCAUUGAUCUGUGUACUCGUAUCCUUUCAAAAAGUGGCAGUCUUACUGUGCUCAUCUCUCGACUUAUUACCCGCGGUUAGAAGGCAUCUCCUCUGUCAACAACCCAACAUUUGUCCAUCAAAAUUACACCGCAUCUCAUCAUGGCACCUCCCACAGCGACUUCUACAGAAACAUUUACCCCACCCAUGGGCUUCGACACGCCUGACGGCCAACCUGAAGGCACCGCACCCAACGAACCCAAACUGAAACAAGGUGCCGCCGAGAUUCAACUGCAGAAAUUCCCCAGCCCACCACGCUUCACCGACAAAUACGAAGAGCGCGAAUACCUCAAGGGCCGCCUCGCCCUGGCCUUCCGCAUCUUCGGCAAGUAUGGCUUCGACGAGGGCGUGGCUGGGCAUAUCACCCUCCGCGAUCCGGUCGACCCUCACACGUUCUGGGUAAACCCCUUUGGCGUGGCCUUUUCCCACAUCAAGCGUUCCGACCUCAUCCUCGUCGACCACGAGGGUAAGGUCAUCGACGGUGGACCCUGCCGCUUACUCAACACAGCGGCGUACAUGAUCCACGCGGCGAUCCACAAAGCCAGACCAGACGUCCUCUGUGCAGCACACUCGCAUAGUAUCUAUGGGCGGAGUUUCUGCGCCCUCGGCCGACCCAUCGACAUCAUCACCCAGGACAGCUGCGCUUUCUACAACGAUCAUGCCGUGUAUACGCAGUUCAAGGGUAUCGUGCUGGCGAAAGAGGAGGGUGAGAACAUCGCAAAGGCCAUCGGGCCCAAGAAGGCGUGUCUCCUACAGAAUCACGGCCUCCUGACGUGCGGUCAGACCAUCGAAGCUGCGACGUUCUGGUUUGUGAGUCUCGAGAAGUGCUGUCGUGCGCAACUCAUGGCAGAUGCAGCGGCUGCUGGUCGUGGCGGCGAGACCGUCAAGAUCGAUGAUGAGGAUGCCGCAUUCACCUACAAGAGCGUUGGAACGCCGAGGGCAGGCUGGUUCAGCGCGAAGCCCAUGUUUGAUGUCAUGGCCAGGGAGUGUGGAGAUGAGUAUCUGCAGUAAAGUAAGCUCGUAAUGAGACUUUCCUCAGAUGCGAGAUUUCGAGCUCUUUUAUGAAUUGAUGCUAUGCGGUGAGGUAAGAUAGUUCUUGUGAAACCAAAAUUGUUAUGCCCUUCAAUCCAAA